AUCAAGCACACCCGCACCCAACAUUUAUUGAGCAGCCAUCCAUCCAUAAAUCAGACGACAUACACACAAUGCCCGCACCCAUCUCUUUCAACAGGCGCAGGGAGUCCGUCGUCUCCUACUCAAACUCAUACAACGGCAUGCUCUCCGCAUCAGCCGGCAACAACUGGUUCAAGGGGUAUGCCAAUACUCAUCAAUCUCGCGUUGACAGCAGCUAACUGCCCAUCUAGCCACGACGAUAGCCACCUCGCCAUGGACACAGACCUCCCCCAUCUCGAGGCAGACUUCUGCAAGGACUUCUCCUGCUGCGGCCUCGUCCUGGACGACCUCCACGACCUCCUCCAGCACUACGAGGACCACCACGUCAAACUCGACGACCUCGCCAUCCUCUCCAGCACCCUCGUCAACCCGCAUGCGUCCUCCGCGCGGCCCAACAGACCCGACCUCGAGGCCAUGAAGCGCAAGGCCCUCCUCGACAUGCAACGCCACCUCGGUCAGUCAAACCCCCUGGACGAGGAUGAGAUUGCCUUUGAUGUCUACCCGGGUGGCGACCCAUUCUCCCGCAAGCGGUCUUGGCGUCCAUCCAUGUCUUCUCCCUCUAUGGCCACCCGCGACUUCUUCACACCCUCGCAAUCGCCCAUGUCCACACCAAACUCAUCCUCACCCGGAACACCUGUCAUGGGCGUCUCGCAUGAUUUCAACGCAGAGAUUGAUAAUCCGCUUUUGUUCGGUCCGCCCUCCGUCUCUGCUGACUGGAUCAGCAGCGAUGGUCAGAGCUUCAGGCCCAUGCCGCAGCUCAAAAAGGCCCGUCAAUCCGCCUGCUUCACCUCGACUACGGUCGGCCCACAGGUAAUUGAGCACCCGGCCUCCAACUUGGUCGUGGUGGACAAGCCAUACAAGUGUCAGAUUCCCGGUUGCGACAAGGCCUACAAGAACCAAAAUGGCCUCAAGUACCACAAGAUGCACGGCAAUUGCGCCUCCAACCCGGCUGCCUUGACAGGCGAUGGCUCUCACCCAACAGACUUGAUGCCGCAGUACGAGAACAAGCCAUACAAGUGCAACUUGUGCAACAAGAGGUACAAGAACCUCAACGGCCUCAAGUACCAUACGGCGCAUUCUCACCAAAAUGUCACGACCGACAGUAUCCAGAGCCAGCUUGCUCAGCAGAGCCAAGCACAAAAGAUUUGGUAAAUCCAUGCCACCUACUGUUGCGCACAUCGAUGGGUCGAAGCAAUGCAGCUGGUCUGCUUCUGCAUCUUCACUUUGGCCCUUCCCUUUUGUCCCCCCUUUUUUCUGCGUAUGGCGUCCUUUUACCCAUGAACCCUCUUGGAUGGAGUCCUAUCUGAUGUGCUGCAAUACGGCACCUCCAACCCCUCACAAAAGUGAUUUUUACACAGCGAUG